AUGCCCAACCAGUAUAAACCUCUACCUCCAGAGGACGAAUUGGAGCCUUGGAUCAAGCUAUACUAUCAUCUUGGCUUGACGGAUACACAAAUUGCUGAGCUAACAUUGGAGAAUUUUGAUCGAGAAGUAUUCGGACUAGGAACGAAAAUGGUUCAGUGCUUGCGAAAGAAAUGGGGCCUCAAAAGUACUCGGCAGCAAGCUCACACUAUCGAAACAAUUGCCGUCCACGUCGCUGAGAUCAAGCGCCAUUUUCCC